GUCUUUGCGCCAGCGUUUUGGUAGUGCACUUAAAUUGCAGGUGAUCAACGAGCUCCUGUGUUUGUUGUUAUGCGGUAUCUCUGUGGAUGCAAUUAGUUAAGGGGAAGUGUAUAUUUUCGCACCGGUGCCGUUCCCGCAAGUCACAGUAGAAUGGUUCUAACGAAGGAGUAUAGGAUAUGUAUGCCAUUGACAGUUGAGGAGUAUCAGAUAGGGCAGUUGUACAUGAUUGCUCGACAUAGCCAUGAACAAACAGAUUCUGGAGAAGGUGUGGAGGUGAUAGAAAACACUGCCUGCGAGGAUCCAGAAUAUGGGAAUGGCCAAUACACGGAGAAAAGGAUUCAUCUCUCUAGUAGACUUCCAUACUGGGUUCAGUCAUUGAUACCACGAGUAUUCUACGUGACAGAGAAAGCAUGGAAUUACUACCCAUUCACAAUUACAGAAUACACUUGCUCAUUCAUACCAAAAUUCAACAUAUCCAUCAAGACAAAAUAUGAAAACAACAAUGGUUCUACUGAAAAUUGCCUCAACCUGACGCCAGAGGUUCUAGCUGAGAGAAGUAUAGAUGAAAUAGACAUUGCGUACGAUGAAGUUAGUCCUAAACACUAUAAAGAGGAAGAGGAUUUGAGAUUCUUCAGAUCACAAAAGACUGGUAGAGGGCCACUUGUUGAAGGAUGGCGAGAUAAAACAUCUCCCAUUAUGUGUUCUUACAAAUUAGUCCAAGUUUCAUUUGAAGUUUGGGGACUACAGACAAGAGUUGAAGAAAUGAUACAAAGAUCAAUAAGGGAAAUCUUAUUACUGGGCCACCGACAAGCAUUUGCCUGGAUCGAUGAAUGGCAUGGAAUGACUUUGGAAGAUGUACGUGCAUAUGAAGGACGCAUGCAAAAGGAGACAAAUACAAAGGUAACUGGUGGGAACACAGAACCUCCUUCCAGUCCAAGACCAUCUACUGCAGGGGCACCUGUUGAUGCCCUUACAAACAUCACAGACACACCUGCUGCUCUUCCUGAUACUGUCACAUCAAGUGUCACACCAGCUGAUAGCGUUCCUGACACUCCAAAAACUCCUAGGUCUUGGUUCUCUUGGUCAUAAGAUGUUGUCAUCUUACGUAUCUCUAAUGUUUCAGCCUUUGUUGCCAACAGUAUGUGAUCUGCAAUCAGUGUUGACUUUCAGUUGUUAUAUUUUGAUGUACUAUUGAUAAGUUAUUUAUGGUCGUGGCUUUCUUUGCUCUGACAGAGUGAUAAGAUCUCCUUCCUGCUUAUCAUGACAAGUACAAAGCAUUGUCUGCAGCAAUAUUUAAUGUUACCUGUUGCAUUUGUGCAAUUAAAAAUGUAAAUUAAUGUUAGCUAUCAGAAAUAUUAUUUAUAAAACAGUUCCUUUUACAUUUUGACGAAAGGGUGAUAAUAUUAAGUUAAUAGUAAAGUUUUUAUUUCACAUCUAUCAUGUACUUGUGGAGACCUAUUUCAACUUUACAUGCUUGUCUUUAACAUGUUAAUUCAGUUUAACUACUUAACAGUUUGUAAACUGUCUUCUUCAAACUUGAUCGGCAAGUGAACAUACCACAAGAAUGCGCAUGAAAAGUCUUUGAAUUGCAUCUGAUGUUACUGAUUAUUGUCAACUGCAGAUUCAUUCCUGGCAUAAUCAAUUAGCUUUACCUGUUUUGCACUGCUCUUGUCAUCCUUGUAUAAAACAUUUGACUUCUUUGUAAGAUAUAAGAUAGUCUUCUGUUAUUUUAAUUUUGUACUAUUGUUCCACACAGUAUCUAUGACUUAUUAAAAUACCUCUUUAAUGCAAAGAAGAGAGAAUUAAUGCACAAAAUUAUAUUGUGAGUAUUGGAAAAAUUUUAGUGAAUGUUUUUUUUUUGACAGCUAUUCAUAUAUUCUUGUAAAUUUUAUAUUUUCUUCAAGAAAUGCAAUUUUUUUCCAAAUGUGAAAUGCAGAGCUUUCUUAAUAGUUUUAGCAGUUGGCAUAUAUAACUGCACUAUAUGUACUAGCCGUCAUUAAUGUGAUAUGUAUUAAAAAUCCUUAAAUGUGUGUGUAUGUUUGUUCCUAAAAUUUAGGCUGUCCUAAAAAAUACAGUAGAGAGCUAUUUCCUGUGUAGAAGAUUGUUUUAAUUUUUUUUAAUUUUUUUAUUUGGAAUGAUUUUCUGUGUCAUUAGUACUUGAUGUGGCAGUGCCAUUACAGAGUUUAUGUAACUUUACUAUAUUGUCACAUAAUCAACUCUCACUAUGUGGAUAAUAGAAAAAAGUUAUAUCGAAAUAGUUUAUACAUGUUUCUUUGCAGUUUGAUAUAGAUACUCUACUUAAUUCGCUAACAUCCAGGUAUAAAAUAGUUAAAAUUCUAUGCAAAAUUUGUUUGCUUGUAAACAUUGAAAAAAAUGUUUGCCAUUUGUAUCCUUACAUCAAAAUGACGAUAAAUUCAUUUUUUAUGACCCAAUACCUUAUAGCAUUGAACAUUUCCAGCUGAUAAACUUAAAUGAAAAUGAGACAUGAACAUAAUAUGUGAUGUACAAUGUUAUUGUUUAUAUUUUAAAUUUAAUUGGAGCAAUUAGUUCAAUCACUUGUAACUGCAGUAAAGAGCUGUUCAUCAUUAGAGCUGUUGUCCAACUGUACUACAAAAAGUGGUGAGUGUGCUACGUAUGAAAACAGGUUACAACAACCAGGCCACAUCAGUAAUUAUUCAUUUGGAAAAAAAUUAGUCCAUCAACAUGCAGGAGACUAGACAUUUAGGCACAAUGAGAGGUUUGUACAAACCCUGCUAUGUAUGUCCUAGGGUUAUCCAGAGAGUAAGUUUCCUUAGCAUCAUAAAGACAUAGAAAACAUUUACUUGGAGAUUUUAAUUGGAACAAAUAUAGUGGGCAGUAUAUUUACUGCCUGGUACAGAGACUUUUGUGUUUGUAUGUGCUGCACCUGGGUUUGAAAUUAAUAUUCAGUACACAUCAUCAGUGGAAAAUGUUGGCUGAAUGAUUUAGUUGUAAAAAAUAUCAGUAUAUGGAACAGAAGGGGAAACACAUACCUGCCAGACAUAUAGUGCUCUUAAAGGUAGGUGGGUGAGAAAUAUUGUGGAUUAUCAGAUCACCUCAAUUAAGCAUCUCAUACAUCUUAUUCUGAACUUUCUAUUCUAAUAUCCAGAAUUAGUGCAUGUGUGGGGAAAUGGUUGCUUAUUCCACAAUCAUAAAGCAAUAUCUCUCCAUUGUGAGCUGCUGCAUCUGAUUUACAUUGUUGUUAUUUAUGAGGAACAACAACCUUAAGUUCUUGUAAUCAUAGGAAGUUUGAUCACCUUGGACAUAUUUUAUCCAUAAAUAUUGUAAUAUAUCUGCUUGCUCAUCAUGUACAGUCCAUAAACUAGAUGGCUCUGAUGUGGAUUAAUGUUCGGUACUAUUUUGUGUCCUUUGAAUGAUUGAAGUACAGAUUUGUGGAGAUAUGCACAUCAUGCAUGUACAUUUGUUUUGGAAUGUGCAUUCUGCUGUUCUUUGACAGCUGUGAGACACUUACUUCCUAUGAAUUUUUAUUAGUAAAAUAUUUUGGUUUAUCUGAAAUGAUAAGUUCAAUUUUUAAUGUGGCUGCAUGAGUCUGCAGCCAGGGAACAAUCAUAUCUUAAUUGUAAUGUGGAUUUUUUUUCAUUUGGAUGUUAGAAAAUUAACUCAAAAUGAUAAAGUCAAGAGAGCCUGUGAGAACCUAUCUUACAACAAGCAACUCUAUAAAAGAAUCUCCCUCUCUAAAUGCAAACUGCAAAAGUUCUAGAGUACGUCCAUAGACCAAACCGAUGUGUCAUUUAUUUAUUUGUAUGUGUGUGUGUUGGGGGGGGGGGGGGGGGGUAAUAAACUUUCCUUUCCAUUUCACAAGGUACAAUUUUUUUUGGCAAUAAAGAUUUGCUUCCUGGUUACAUUCUAGAUUUCAAAGUUGUGCAGUUAAUUUGUUAAUUUAAAUUAUGACUCAGUUUUGUGAAAGAUUGUCUAUGGUUUGUUAUUUUAUUCCACUUCAAGCACAACCAAAACUGUGAGAAAAACACUGGUGUUCAUUAAAGAACUGAGACGUGUUUAAGUAUGGUAUUAAUUGUGUGCUUCGUUGCAAAGUGUUUGCUCGUUAAUGUGCUCCUCCCACCCCACACCGUGUGUGUGUGUGUGUGUGUGUGUGUGUGUGUGUGUGUGUGUGUGUGUGUGUGUUGCCCAUUGCUAUUUAACUAUAUCUGAGGACCCAGGAAGUAAGUUUUAUUUUAUGCUGAUUUUAGUGUUAGUCAUUAUACAGUAAAACCCUGAUUUUAUGUUGCUAACAGGUAAGAAAGAAAGCAGAUGCUGUAAAGAAGUAAAAGGGAGAGCUAGAUAAUUACGUGAAGAAAGACAUGGGAAAAAAAUCACUAGGGACCAAACAACUUAAACCCGAAUUACAAGAAAUUAGAGUUGUGAGAUCUGGAUUUUACAGUAUUUUCAAGUGUAAUUUGACCUCUGUAGUUCAUUCCAGAUUUCGCUCUUUCAAAGAAUUACAUGAGCUGUGACUGCAUUUAAUGUAAGCAUUUUUCAAUGUAGCAUGUUCAUAUUUGUUGAAACACUAGUCAUGCUACUCCUGACGUUUGUUUUCUCCAGAAGAGCUUCAUGUUGAGUAUUGGUGUGUUUGUACCUUAUAGGAAUCUAUCAUCAAUAUUGUCUCAGGGUGUUAAAAUUACUGUAUUUCUGCUCAGACUCUAUAUUAUGUGAGAAGUUGCAAUCCAAGAAGCAGCAGCUUGAAGAUUACUUUGCACAAUUAUAUUAUUUUUUUAUUAUUAUCUACAAUAACAGUGUAUAUUUUUAUUAUUAUUAUUAUUAUUAUUAUUUACAAUAACAGUGUGCCAGAUGUUAUUCCCUGGUGUACUUGCCUGUUAAUUGUCUAUGGUUAUUUUCUUACACUUGCAAUAUACAGACUCAGUAAUAGCCUCAUACCUGGACUUUUUUCUCCCAUUCUUCAGUGUUGCUGAAGCAAGCCUCAGUAGUGUGCAAAAUAUUGUCUGUUUUACACUGUCUUGAGUCUGCAUUAUAUGACUUUGUAAAAAGAAAAAAAUGAAGACUUGUUGUCAUCUCUUGUAUGUAUUUAUGUAUAGUAAAAAUGUCUGUACACAAGUUAUGUAUUGUGUUGUUGGAUAAAUAUCUGUAGAAUAAAACCCAGAUUUUGCACUGCAA